GGAGGCUCCGCCCUAACUGAAACUGAAAAAGUAGCAAUUUGCACUUCGCAAUUGCAGCCUUUAACUUCACACUUCCUUGUUUAUGUCGCCUUUCAUUUAGCAUUAAUCAGCGUACACACAUACACAACACAGUACUCUCUCUCAGUUAGGAUUACAUUUACUAUAGCAAGCUGUGUUGUGGGGCUUUUCCUUCACACUUCAAAGCUCCAAUGGCAGCCUCUGCUCUCUCCAACGCUUUGCUUUCUCCCUUCUCUCCUCCUUCCAAACCCAUUUCCUCUCAACCCAAUUUUUCACUCCUCAAAUGCCCCAACACCAGAUCCCAUCCCAUUCCUCCAUUGAGGAAAACGAGAUCACUCACCACCUUUUGUUCCUCUGAUGCUGCUAAUGCUCCUCAAGGAGAUACCCCCAUUGAAUUGAGGUAUCCUGCAUUCCCAACCGUGAUGGAUAUUAAUCAGAUUCGUGAGAUUUUGCCCCACAGGUUUCCUUUUCUUCUGGUAGAUAGAGUGAUUGAAUACAACCCCGGAGUUUCUGCAGUGGCCAUAAAGAACGUCACAAUUAAUGACAACUUCUUCCCUGGACAUUUUCCAGAAAGGCCAAUCAUGCCUGGUGUUCUAAUGGUUGAGGCAAUGGCACAAGUUGGUGGUUUGGUCAUGUUGCAACCGGAAGUAGGAGGUUCUCGUGAAAACUUCUUCUUUGCUGGAAUAGAUAAAGUGCGGUUUCGUAAGCCUGUAAUUGCAGGAGACACCUUGGUUAUGAGAAUGACACUUACUAAGCUGCAAAAGCGAUUUGGAAUAGCAAAGAUGGAAGGGAAGGCAUUUGUUGGAGGUGAUGUUGUGUGUGAGGGUGAAUUUUUGAUGGCUAUGGGGAGUUAAUAAGUAGACAUAUUCCUUCCUUCCAAACUGGAAUAGAGUUGAUUUUGUUUCAUCUUUUAAUUAAAUGUUCUGCUUUCGAAUGCACAACAAUGUGAACAUUUAAUGUAUGCCUUUUCAAUGAAAUCUAUCUAAACAUUUGUU